UCGUUGCGUCGCGUCUCUCGCUGCAGUGCGUCGUCUGUUUGUCGGUUAGGUUAGGACAAUAAAAUCCGACACCGACGCGCGGCGGCAAUUGAGAACCGAUUCAUUCAUAGUUAGUUUAUAGUUAAUAGUUGUUGGGAUCGCUUUUGUUUUGCAAUAUACUGUGUGCCCAGAGUGGAAGUCUCAUCAAUAAUAGUGCCGUGUGGUGUAAUGUUUGAUGCUGAAUCCUUUUUUCAGUUAUGAGAGUAAUUUCCAUGUAAAAUUGGAUGAACUAGGCCUAGGCAUUAGGCUUCUUCAGGAUUCAUUACAAAUUUGUAUUUUUAUUCGUCCAGUUAGUGAUGAGGUAGCAGGAUGACAGUUACAUACACCGCGGAGGUAGCCACAUGUCGUGGCUUUGGAUGCUUUCUCAAACUACUUACAAGAUGGAAGGGCAGCAUCUACAAGCUAGUGUGGCCAGACUUGAUAGCGUUCCUUGGUAUCUACUACUCCCUCAGUGCUCUCUACAGAUUUGUCUUGGACCCAGAACAAAAAAAAGUGUUCGAGCGGAUAUCGGAGUACUGCGAGACCUACAGUAAUCUCAUCCCUUUGUCUUUCGUGCUCGGUUUUUACAUCAAUGUGAUCAUGACCAGGUGGUGGAACCAGUACGCAGCCAUUCCAUUCCCCGACUCUGCCGCCGUGUUCGUCAGUUCCAAUAUCCACGGCCAGGAUGAGCGAGGCAGGCUGAUGAGACGUACGAUCAUGAGAUACGUCUGUCUCUGUCUCACGAUGGUGUUCACCAUGAUCUCUCCUCGGGUCAAGAAGAGGUUCCCUACAAUCGACCACUUUGUGGAAGCGGGUCUACUACUAGAAAAUGAAAAAGCAAUCAUCGUAGAUCUGAACAACAAGUUUCCGCGGCAUUCCAAGCACUGGUUACCUAUCGUGUGGGCGGCAAGUAUCGUAACAAGAGCUCGGAAAGAGGGGAGGAUACGAGACGACUUUGCUGUUAAGACUAUCAUCGACGAAAUCAACAGGUUUCGUGGCCAAUGUGGUUUGCUGUUGAACUACGACUCUAUCAGUGUACCUCUAGUUUAUACUCAGGUAGUGACAUUGGCCACUUAUUCUUUCUUCAUAACCUCAGUACUUGGCCGUCAGUGGCUGGACAUUGAAGAAGGUCAUCUCAAAAGCCGUAGAAACCCCAUAGACUACUAUUUCCCCGUGCUCACAACUUUACAGUUUUUCUUCUACAUGGGUUGGCUCAAAGUGGCAGAAAGUUUGAUCAACCCUUUUGGUGAAGAUGACGACGAUUUCGAAGUCAACUGGAUCGUCGAUAGGAAUGUUACGGUGUCAUAUUUGAUAGUGGAUGAGAUGCAUCAUGAACACCCAGAGUUGAUCAAGGACCAGUAUUGGGACGAGGUGUUUCCCACUGAGCUACCUUACACUGUAGCGGCCGAGCCUUUCAGAGAGCGAGCACCUCAGCCCAGUACUGCCAACAUAGCUGUCAGUGCUGCCGACCAGGAACUGCUGGUACCUAGUAGUCUCAAGGUUGAGAGCGACAUGGAGAAGUUGAUGAGUGAAGACGCACAGAGUGGUAUCCACUUCCUUGCGAAGCGCAGCGGCAGUCGCAUGAGCAUCAGUGGUGAACGGCCUCGCACGUACAGCGGGGGCUCCACUACCAGCGUCAACACCCAGUUCAUGGGCAGCACGGGGGGCAGUCUACACAGGGUGGGCAGUGUCACCAGUGUACUCAAGCGACUGUUCUCUAGAGACACUACCCCUGCGGCUACUGUUGACGGUAACGUCGGAGGAGGACCCAUGAACAUAGGAGGAAGUGUCACCCGUCUACCAUCCAGCCGCAGCUCUGACAGUCUCGCCACGGCCAAGUACACGGCCGGGGGCAGUGUCAGGAUCUCCGACCGCAUCGCAGACCAAGUCAUUGAGGAGGUGGACGAACAACAGACUAUCACAUCUAUGGCAAACAAACCUCCGGAGCAACGCCCCACAAUGCAGGACAUCUUCCCCACCUCACUCUCACCACCGUCUGUUGGUCCCCCCACUCCUUCUGACCCUCUGCCUAUACCUCCGGGGCGACAGACGUCCACAUACUUCUCCCACUCUGCUCCCAACACUUCGGCUAUUCCUCCCACCUCGUCUCUGUCCCCUGCUCGCUCUACAGCUACCUUUCCUGAUAUGCUGUCGAUGAAAAGCGCCCCGGGCUUCGGCAACGAUAAUAGCUCUGGCUUGGGCAGCGGAAGUAUCGGUCACGACCUCGCCAUGGACACCAUCAGUAUUGGGUCAAAUACUGACUCCUCCGAGGAUGAGUUUACGAAGUUGAAGCGGGCGAGACGACAAGAGAGGAUCUUGUACGCUCGGUCGGUCAGUGCUCAGCCUGGAGCAGGGGAUGGUGAUCAAGCUGAAGAGAACGAGUCUUUGCUGGUGAACAUGAUCGACUCGUCGAGAACGGGACCAGUUCGCUCACCGAGGAGUAGCGUAUACAGUGAAAAAGGGGAGUCUUGAUGUUAAAAUGGAUUGCAACAUUCCUCUAGUAAAUAAUUCUACUCGGUGAUUGAUUUAAACAAUUAGCUCCUUAAGUGGUAUGAUUGUAAACUAAUUAUAUUUUAAGUGCUAGAAAGAAAGUGUACGCCGGUGCUACAUAGUACAAAUUUCUUUUAUAUAAAUAUUUUAUUUGUGAUUCAGUUGAUUCCUGAGUAUAUUAUUAUCAUUUAAAAAAUGUCCCAGAUAAAGGAAGUUUACUUUAGAAAAUCAUAUUAACAGUUGUAAUAGUUGAUACCCAUUCAAAUUUAACAAUCUAUUUUAAAAUGGUUACUACAGUAAAAAUAACUUCUGUUUUUACACGAAAACUGGAAAUCAAACAUAUUGGUUCUAAAUAAUAAAUUUUGGAAUAAUCCUGAAUUAAUUAUUGCAGUUGUAACUUACAAAUCAUUCUUAAAAUCUUUUAUUUUUAUUUUACAUUUUAUUAUACAUUUAUGUAAUGCCUCAUAUGUAUACUCCGUUCAAAACCUAUACAUAUUAUAAAUGAAGAUAACUUUGUUAUUUAAGAGAAUUAUCAGUAUUAAAAGAACAUAAUUUACAUGUUUAGGUUAAGUAUAUUUAGUUAAUUAAUUGUUAAUUUAUUUGUCAGUGAUGUAUAGAAGGUCAGUAACAAAGAUUUUGCCAGAUAAAAUUGUUUUAAAGAAACAGAUCUUUUACAAUUCUUCUGUUUGUAUAGAUUAGAACACUAAAAUUGUAAUUACAUAAUGACAUAAUAAUACAGUACCAUCCAAUAAUCCUACCAUAAAUAACUAUUAGUUAAUAAUUUCAAUUUAUUUGUUUUGACUAAUUUGUGUUAUUUAUCACAUUAACAGCAAAAUGUUUAUACAAUUUUUAAUGA